AUGUCUUGGUUCUUCGUCGUAUUUUCCUUGCUGGCUGCCCUAUUUCUCUUUGCACUUGAUAACACCAUCGUCGCCAAUAUCCAAGAAAAUAUCAUAUAUACGCUUGGAGGCAUUGAAAAACUGCCCUGGAUUUCUGUCGCGUUUGCUUUAGGCGCUGUUGCAACCAAUUUGCUCUGGGGCCAGUUAUACUCUCAUUUCGAGAGCAAAUUACUUUUCGUCUCCAGUGUGGUCAUAUUCGAAGUUGGCUCCGCGCUUUGCGGAGCUGCCCCGUCACUCGAUGCACUCAUAGGCGGUCGGGCUAUCUGUGGCAUCGGAGGAAUGGGCAUAUAUCUAGGGACAAUCAACAUGGUAUCAGCCCUAACAAAUGAUCAGGAACGGCCCAUGUACCUGGGAUUUGUUGGGCUAACUUGGGGUAUCGGCACAAUUCUUGGGCCUAUAAUUGGCGGCGCAUUCACUGACAGCUCUGCCACAUGGAGAUGGUCAUUCUAUAUUAACCUCUGCAUCGGAGGUCUUGCUGCCCCUAUUUACUUAUUCCUCCUACCGGUCGCUGAUCCUCACCGAGGCCAAAGCUUUCUUUCACGGGCAAAGAACCUGGACUUGGUAGGGUCAGUGCUCAGCGCCGGCGCGAUCACGACCCUCGUGAUGGUCAUUUCAUUCGGCGGUAGUGUCUAUGCCUGGAACAGUGGUCAAACAAUCGGCCUCUUUGUCGCGACGGGAGUUCUCUGGAUCGCUUUUGUACUGCAGCAGCGCUUCUCCUUGCUCACUAAGCCCGAAAGCCGCCUCUUUCCCACCUCACUUAUAAAAUCUUGGGAGAUGGAUAUUAUCUUUGCUCAAAUGGCUAGUGCGCAAGUCGUCGUUACGAUCCCCAUUUAUUUCAUCCCGAUCUACUUCCAAUUUGCCAAAGCGGAGUCCGCCUUGAGAAGUGGUGUCCAGCUUCUCCCGUUCGUCUUGCCACUAGUCUUUGCCGUUAUGAUAAACGGAGCGGUUAUGGCCCAAGUUGGAUACUACAUGCCAUGGUAUGUAGUCGGCUCAGCUCUGGCAUUAUCUGGAAGCGUGUUGCUUUAUACUAUUGACAUCAAUACGACCGAUGCUCGCAUUUAUGGGUACUCUAUUCUAACCGCCUUUGGUGUUGGCCUCUUUUCACAAGCUGGGUUCGCAGUUGCACAGGUGAAAGCGGCGCCCCAGUUGCUCUCGCAAGCGGUAGCUUUCAUUGGAAUUGGCCAAAUCAGUGGUAUUACACUAGCAUUGGUAAUAUCCAACAGCAUUUUCUUGAACGAGUCAACCGAGAAGAUUGCCAGUAUCUUACCUGAUAUGCCGCGGAGCGCUGUUCAACAGGCCGUUUCAGGGGUCGGGGGAGAUUUUUUCAACAACCUCACUUCGGACCAGCGACAGCGUGUUUUAAAUGCCAUAAUAGAAAGCAUUGACAAUACGUUUAUUUUGGUUAUCACAGCCAGUGCACUAUCCCUUGUCCUCUCUGCCUUCAUGAAACGCGAGCGACUUUUCGUCACUCCGCCAAAAUGA